UUAUAAGAUUAGAGUGUAAAUUCACAUGAAAGGCAUUUAGCAGGUGCUCUUUACCAGAAUCUUUAGCUUAAUGUCAGACAGCCACAGUCAACAGAGCUUUGAGAAUGUUAACUAUUGGGCAAAUUAUGAAUUAAAAUAAGUUUCACAUGUACUUUAUUGGUCUAUAAUGGAAUGUUUAUGAAACCCGACUCUACUGCAGCACUAUUGGCCAGUUUCAGAAGAUCAUCAUCCAGUCUCUGUCCUAUGCACUGUCCAUCACCAAUCUAAUGUCAGGCUUGAUUUUCAGCUUUGCGCAGGCAAUAUAUUUUAAUCAUCCAGGAUCCCUUCCUGUUCUUCAGCACAGUGCGAGAGAACCUUGAUCCCCGUGGCCUCCAUCCAGACUUACAGUUGCUGCCCUUGAGCAAUGCCACCUGGGAGAUUUAGUGCAGUGGAUCAGUUAGAGUCAAACACUUUUGAUUGUUGUCUUACUUGAUAGGAUUUAUCUAGGGCAUGAGAAAAUGCUGUCUUUAAUAUUCUUCUUCUUUUUUUUUUGCUUUGUCUGUGUCUCCCAUUACAGGUGGCCUGGAUUCGGAGGUUGAAGAGAGGGGAAAGUCUCUGUCUGUGGGCCAGAGGCAGCUGCUGUGUCUUGCCCGUGCCCUUCUUACAGAGUCUAAUGUAUAAAACUAAUGUAUAAUUAAAGAACAACAUGGACCAUGUCAAACAAACAAUCUUACCUUUGUACUUUAAUGUUAUUUAUGUUUCAAUAGAUUUCAUACAUUGAAGCGUCGACCAUAAGACUGACUUGCUUCUGCAGAAAACUAUCAGAGAAAAAUUAAAAGAUAGAUCUGUUCCAACCAGUGCUCCACAGAUUUGUGUUUAUUUUUAUUUAUUGGCCUUCAGGAGGAUCUCCUCAAAGUAUUUUCCCUCUUCAAACAGAGGUGUGAAUGCUCGUAAUAAGGCCGUCUCCACCCAGAACAACCUGCGUGAGCGGGACUACGCCUUGAACAGAAUUAGGGAGAGGUUUGUUUUUGUUAUGUCACCCUGCCUCCAAUGCAGAACAGGCAGUGAUGCUGAAGCUUUAUUAGGUAUGUGUUUGGCCUGGUUGAACCAGUCGGUCCACUCUUCAGGUGUAUUACUUCCAGCAGUGAGAAUACCAUAAACAGUGAGAAGAGAACAGAGGUGAACACGGUCUCAUCCAGUCAAAACUUGUCUUCAGCAUGGCACAUUAUCACCGCUGACACUGAACAAGGAUUUAAAAGCUCACUGGAUACAAGAUGAUCAUGGAAGCACCUGGUACCUCUACGAUUACACAUGUUUAAUACAGAGGGUGUGGUUAACAAGGUUUGAGAUUUGGAGGCUUUUCUUCACUGUAGAUAUAUUAGUGAAAUGGCUCUUCGAAGAAGCCUCUCUGACAGCCUGCUACUUGAAGAUGACAAUGUGUCUGUAGAGGGUUUGGAAUACACAGACCUGCACUUUCAUGAAGAUGAUGAAAUUGUGGGUGCCAGUGGUCAGUUUGAACUAAAGAGGAAUGAACAAAAGAAGAGUGAAGCUGUGGACAUUUUAAAGUUGAUUGAUAAUGACAAAGGGAUAACAAAGCAUGGUUUGAAAUCCAGCAAGAGCUUGGAAAGCCUGGAUAUCAAAGCUCCAAAUGAGGUGUGGAAAGAUUCAUAUGACAAACUCUACAAUGCUAAAGUCAAGAAAUACAUGAAAGGAAAUAAAACUGUUAAGGAAAACAGAUAUGGAAUACACAAUGGGCCAGUGACAACCCAAACACUUGACCGCAAAAACGGUCAAGUAAACGUUUCGGCUUUACUUGAGAAUGCAGAUCGAAUGCGUCCCAAUCCAUAUGACACAGAAUUUGGCAAUCAAGUGGGGCCAUACAUGGUCCAGUAUGAUGCCAAGGAUUCUACAGGUGAAUAUGACUCCGAAAUGUUAGUACAAGGAUCUGAUCUGCUGAAAUCAGCAAAGAUCAAAACCAGUAUUUCGAGAGAUUUUUCAUCGCAUCAUUUCACAAAGAACUCGACCAGUGUUGAUAGGGAAAUGAACAUACGUGGUGGAACAUAUACAGAUCCAAAAACAGAUGUUGGAAUUAAUGCACCAGAUUCAAAUCUUAAACUGUCAAAUACCCAAGGAUCUCCUGUGAUGCACCUCACAAAAGGACAUUUUAAAGGCCCAAAAGCAGUGCUUAAUUCUUCUGAUAUAGAUAUGGAUGUACCAUCAGUUAAUGUCAAGAAGUCAAAAUUUAAACUGCCAAAGUUUGGCCUAUCUGGAAACAAGAAUACAGACAUCAGUUAUGAUGGAAAUAUGAAGGGGUCAACACUGGCAUACCCUGAAGUAUCUGCAGGUCUUAAUGGUUCUGAUAUACAAACUGAUGGACCAAAGGCUAAUUUCAAAGGUCUAAAAACAGAUCUUCCAGACAUGGAAAUGUCAUCUGGAAAACUGAAAACCCCCACUUUCAACAUGCCUAAUUUUGACCUGUCAGGACCCAAAAUAAAAACACCUGACUAUGAUCUGUCCGCUCCCAAAUUUAAAACAGACUUUGAUUCACCAGACUUCAACAUCAGAGGUCAUAAGCCAGACAUCACAGGACCUGACAUGGAUGUUGAUAUUCCUGAUGGUACAUUUAAAGGACCAAAUUUCAAGAAACCCAAUCUUGACUUAAAUGCACCUGAUCUUGGCAUAAAUGUGCCUUCUGGUAACCUUAAACUGCCAAAAGUUGACUUCUCUGGUAGCAAGCCAGUAGGACCUGAUCUUAAAAUCAAAUCUCCAGACCUGAAUCUCAAAAGCCCCAAAAUUAAGGGAGGAAUCAAUACCCCAGACAUGGAUCUGACUCUCCCUCAAACUGAUUUGAAAGGCCCAAACCUCGAUAUGAAAUCACCUGAUAUUGAUGUUAAUGGCCCUUCAGGAAAAUUUAAUAUGCCAAAGAUAAAGAUGCCCAAUUUUGGCCUGUCUGGUUUGAAAGGACCACAUAUGAACAUGGAUGCUGACAUUGAUAGGCCAGACCUCAGUCUAAGUUCAUCAACUCCCAAACUUAAUGCAGGGAUAAACAGUCCUGAUAUUGAUGUACAUGGUCCUAAUGUUGAUCUCAAAGGACCAAGGACAGACAUUACUCUUCCAGAGAUGGACAAGCCUUCUGGAAAAAUGAAAAUGCCCACUAUAAAAAUGCCUAAGUUUGGUGUCUCAGGACCAAAAAUAAAGACGCCUGAUUAUGAUCUAAAGACCCCUGAAAUGGAUCUAUCAGCUCCAAAGUUUAAGGCAGACUUUGAUUCUCCAGACCUCAACAUUAAAGGUCAUAAGCCAGAUAUCACAGGUCCAGAUAUGAAUUUUGAUCUCCCUAAAGGUCAAUUUACAGCACCAAACUUAAAAACACCCAAUCUUGACAUGAAUGCACCUGGCCUCGACAUCAAUGCUCCUUCAGGUACACUGAAGAAGCCAAAAACAGAUCUUACGCUUCCAGACAUGGACAUGCCAUCUGGAAAAAUAAAAAUGCCUAAUUUCAAGAUGCCUGAUUUUGGUCUCUCAGGACCUAAAAUGAAAAAGCCUGACUAUGAUUUGACGACUCCAGACAUGAAUAUUUCAGCCCCAAAGUUUAAGGCAGAUUUUGAUUCACCAGAUAUAACAGCACCCAAUGUUAAUGUUGAUUUCCCUAAAGGUAAAAUUCAAGGACCAAAUUUGCAGACACCAAAUAUUAACAUGAAUGCACCUGACCUCGACAUAAAUGCUCCUUCAGGUAAAUUUAAGCUGCCAAAAUUUGACAUCUCUGGAAAAAAAGCAGAAGGACCAAAUCUUAAAAUGAAAUCUCCAAAGCUGAAUCUCAAAAGCCCCAAAAUUAAGGGAGGAGUCGAUACCCCAGACAUGGAUCUGACUCUACCUAAAACUGAUUUGAAAGGCCCAAACCUAGAUAUCAAAUCACCUGAUAUUGAUGUCAAUGGCCCUUCAGGUAAAUUUAAUAUGCCAAAGAUGAAGAUGCCCAGUUUUGGCCUGUCAGGUAUGAAAGGGCCACAUAUGAACAUGGAUGCUGACAUUGAUCAGCCAGACCUUAAUUUGAAUGCAUCAACUCCCAAACUAAAUGCAGGGUUUAAUAGUCCUGAUAUUGAUGUACAUGGACCUAAUGUUGAUCUCAAAGGUCCGAAAACAGAUCUUACAUUUCCUGACAUUAACAUGCCAUCUGGUAAAAUGAAAGUUCCCACUUUCAAGAUGCCUGAUUUUGGUCUCUCAGGACCUAAAAUAAAGACUCCCGAAUGUGAUCUAAAAAACCCUGAAAUUGAUCUGUCAGCCCCAAAGUUUAAGGCAGAAUUUGAAUCGCCAGAAAUCACAACCCCAGACUUGAAUAUUGAUAACCCUAAAGGGAAAAUGAAAGGACCAAAUUUCAAGAAGCCCCAUCUUGAUGUGAAUGCACCUGACCUUGACAUAAAUGCCCCUUCGGGCAAACUGAAGCUGCCAAAGUUUGGUAUCUCUGGUAGUAAGCCAAAAGGGCCUGAUCUUAAAAUCAAAUCUCCAGACCUGAAUCUCAAAAGCCCGAAAGUAAAGGGAGGAAUCAAUACCCCAGACAUGGAUCUGACUCUGCCUCAAACUGAUUUGAAAGGCCCAAACCUAGAUAUGAAAUCACCUGAUAUUGAUGUUAAUGGCCCUUCAAGUAAAUUUAAUAUGCCAAAGCUAAAAAUGCCCAGUUUUGGCCUGGCAGGCUUGAAAGGGCCACAUACAAAGAUUGAUGCUGAUAUUGAUAAGCCUGACCUUGAUCUGAGUGCAACAACUCCCAAACUUAAUGCAGGAAUAAAUGGUCCAGAUUUUGAUAUUCAUGGACCUCAUGCUGGUUUCAGUGGUCCAAAAUCAGGCCUUACGCUUCCAGACAUAGACAUGCCACAUGGAAAAAUGAAAAUGCCGACUUUCAAGAUGCCUGAUUUUGGUCUGUCGGCACCAGAAAUAAAGACACCUGAAUAUGAUCUGAAGACUCCUGAAAUUGAUCUGUCAAGUCCGAAGAUUAAGGCAGACUUUGAUUCCCCAGAUCUCAGCAUUGGAGGUCAUAAGCCAGAUAUCACAGCACCUGACAUGAAUGUUAAUUUCCCAAAAGGAAAAAUGAAAGGACUAAAUUUCAGGAAACCUGAUCUUGACAUAAAUGCACCUGAUCUGAAGGGGAACAUAAAUUCCCCUUCAGCUAAACUGAAGAUGCCAAAAUUUGGCUUCUCAAGUAGCAAACCAAAAGGACCUGAUCUUAAAAUCAAAUCUCCAGACCUGAAUCUCAAAAGCCCCAAAAUUAAAGGAGGUAUCAAUACCCCAGACAUGGAUCUGACUCUGCCUCAAACUGAUUUGAAAGGCCCAAACCUAGAUAUCAAAUCACCUGAUAUUGAUGUUAAUGGCCCUUCAGGUAAAUUUAAUAUGCCAAAGAUAAAGAUGCCCAGUUUUGGCCUGUCAGGUUUAAAAGGGCCACAUAUGAACAUGGAUGCUGACAUUGAUCAGCCUGACCUUAAUUUAAGUGCAUCAACUCCCAAACUAAGUGCAGGGAUAAAUAGUCCUGAUAUUGACAUUCAUGGACCUAAUGUUGAUCUCAAAGGCCCGAAAACGGAUCUUAAAUUUCCAGAGAUGGACAUGCCAUCUGGAAAAAUGAAAAUGCCAGCUUUCAAGAUGCCUGAUUUUGGUCUCUCAGGACCCAAAAUAAAGACUCCUGACUAUGAUUUGAAGACCCCAGAAAUGGAUCUUUCAGCUCCAAAGUUUAAGGCAGACUUUGAUUCACCAGAUAUCACAGCACCUGACAUGAAUGUAGAUUUCCCUAAAGGUAAACUUAAAGGGCCCAAUUUCAAGAAACCCAGUCUUGAUAUGAAUGCACCUGACCUUGACAUCAGUGCCCCUUCAAGUAAAUUUAAAAUGCCAAAAUUUGGCUUUUCCGGUAGUAAGCAAAUAGACCCAGAUCUUAAAGUUAAAUCUCCAGACUUGAAUAUCAAAAGCCCCAAAAUAAAGGGAGGAAUCGAUACCCCAGAAAUGGAUCUUAGUCUCCCUCAAACUGAUUUGAAAGGCCUGAACCUAGAUGCCAAAACACCUGAUAUUGAUAUUAAUGGUCCUUCAGGUAAAUUUAAUAUGCCAAAGCUGAAGAUGCCUAAGUUUGGUGUCUCAGGACCAAAAGUAAAGACACCUGACUAUGAUUUGAAGACCCCUGAAAUGGAUCUGUCAGCUCCAAAGUUUAAGGCAGACUUUGAUUCUCCAGACCUCAACAUUAAAGGUCAUAAGCCAGAAAUUACAGGUCCAGACAUGAAUUUUGAUCUCCCUAAAGGUACAUUUAAAGCACCAGACUUAAAGACACCCAAUCUUAACAUGAAUGCACCUGACUUCGACAUCAAUGCCCCUACAGGGCAUUUGAAGCUGCCAAAUUUGGGGUUUUCAAGUAAUAAGCCAAAAGGCCCAGAUCUUAAAAUCAAAUCUCCAAAGAUGAAUCUCAAAAGCCCCAAAAUUAAGGGAGGAAUAGAUGCACCAGACAUGGAUCUGACUCUGCCUCAAACUGAUUUAAAAGGCCCCAAACUAGAUAUCAAAUCACCUGAUAUUGAUGUCAAUGGCCCUUCAGGUAAAUUUGAUAUGCCAAAGAUGAAGAUGCCCAGUUUUGGCCUGUCAGGUUUGAAAGGACCACAUAUGAACAUGGAUGCUGACAUUGAUCAGCCAGACCUUAAUCUGAGCGCAUCAACUCCCAAACUAAACUCAGGGUUAAAUGGUCCUGAUAUUGAUGUACAUGGUCCUAAUGUUGAUCUCAAAGGACCAAGGUCAGACAUUACUCUUCCAGAUAUGGACAAGCCUUCUGGAAAAAUGAAAAUGCCCACUUUAAAAAUGCCUAAGUUUGGUGUCUCAGGACCAAAAAUAAAGACGCCUGAUUAUGAUCUAAAGACCCCUGAAAUGGAUCUAUCAGCUCCAAAGUUUAAGGCAGACUUUGAUUCUCCAGACCUCAACAUUAAAGGUCAUAAGCCAGAUAUCACAGGUCCAGAUAUGAAUUUUGAUCUCCCUAAAGGUCAAUUUACAGCACCAAACUUAAAAACACCCAAUCUUGACAUGAAUGCACCUGGCCUCGACAUCAAUGCUCCUUCAGGUACACUGAAGAAGCCAAAAUUUGGGUUAUCAGGUAGUAAGCCAAAACGCCCAGAUUUUAAAAUCAAAUAUCCAAAGCUGGUUUUCAAAAACCCCAAAAUAAAGGGAGGAAUAGACCCCCCAGACAUGGACUUGAGCCUGCCUCAAACUGAUUUAAAAGGCCCAAACCUAGAUAUCAAGUCACCUGAUGUUGAUAUUAAUGGCCCAUCAGGUAAAAUGAAUAUGCCAAAGUUAAAGAUGCCCAGGUUUGGCCUGUCAGGUAUGAAAGGGCCACAUAUGAAUGUGGAUGCUGACAUUAAUAAGCCUGACCUUAAUUUGAAUGCAUCAGCACCUAAACUAAAUGCAGUGUUAAGUGGUCCUGAUAUUGACUUAAAUGGGCCCAAUGCUGAUUUCAAAGGCCCCAAAACAGGCCUUACUCUUCCAGAUAUCGACAAGCCUUCUGGAAAAAUGAAAAUGCCAAAUUUAAAGAUGCCUAAGUUUGGUGUCUCAGGACCAAAAAUAAAGACGCCCGACUAUGAUUUGAAGACCCCUGAAAUGGAUCUGUCAGCUCCAAAGUUUAAGGCAGACUUUGAUUCCCCAGACCUAAACAUUAAAGGUCAUAAACCAGAUAUCACAGGUCCAGACAUGAAUAUUAAUUUCCCUAAAGGUACAUUUAAAGCACCAAAUCUUGACAUGAAUGCACCUGAACUUGACAUAAAUGAACCUUCAGGUAAAUUUAAGCUCCCAAAAGUUGGCUUCUCGGGUAGCAAGCCAAAAGUUCCAGAUCUUAAAGUUAAAUCUCCAGACCUGAAUCUCAAAAGCCCCAAAAUUAAGGGAGGAAUCAAUACCCCAGACGUGGAUCUGACUCUGCCUCAAACUGAUUUGAAAGGCCCAAACCUAGAUAUGAAAUCACCUGAUAUUGAUUUAGAUGGCCCUUCAGGUAAAUUUAAUAUGCCAAAGAUAAAGAUGCCCAGUUUUGGCCUGUCAGGUUUAAAAGGGCCACAUAUAAACAUGGAUGCUGACAUUGAUCAGCCUGACUUUAAUUUGAAUGCAUCAAAUCCCAAACUAAAUGCAGGGAUUAAUGGUCCUGAUUUUGAUAUUCAUGGACCUAAUGCUGAUUUCAAGGUUGCAAAAACCAACCUUGCAUUUCCAGACAUGGACCUGCCAUCUGGAAAACUGAAAAUGCCCACUCUCAAGAUGCCUGAUGUUGGUGUCUCAGGGCCAAAAAUAAAGAUGCAUGACUAUGAUUUGAAGACCCCUGAAAUGGAUCUAUCAGCUCCAAAGUUUAAGGCAGACUUUGAUUCCCCAGACCUGAACAUUAAAGGUCAUAAGCAAAAUAUCACAGGUCCAGACAUGAAUCUUGAUUUCCCUAAAGGUACAUUUAAAGCACCAGACUUAAAGGCACCCAAUCUUGACAUUAAUGCACCUGACGUUGACAUAAAUGCCCCUUCAGGUAAAUUUAAGCUCCCAAAAGUUGGCUUCUCGGGUAGCAAGCCAAAAGUUCCAGAUCUUAAAGUCAAAUCUCCAGACCUGAAUCUUAAAAGCCCCCAAAUUAAGGGAGGAAUCAAUACCCCAGACAUGGAUCUGACUCUGCCUCAAACUGAUUUGAAAGGCCCAAAUCUAGAUAUCAGUACACCUGAUAUUGAUGUUAAUGGCCCUUCAGGAAAACUGAAUAUGCCAAAGUUAAAGAUGCCCAGUUUUGGCUUGCCAGGUGUGAAAGGGCCACAUAUGAACAUGGAUGCUGACAUUGAUCAUCCUGACUUUAAUUUGAAUGCAUCAAAUCCCAAACUAAAUGCAGGGAUUAAUGGUCCUGAUUUUGACAUUCAUGGACCUAAUUCUGACUUCAAGGGUGCAAAAACCAACCUUGCAUUUCCAGACAUGGACCUGCCAUCUGGAAAACUGAAAAUGCCCACUCUCAAGAUGCCUGAUGUUGGUUUCUCAGCACCAAAACUCAAAACAUCGGGCUAUGAUCUGAAUACCCCUAAAAUGGAUCUGUCAGCUCCAAAGUUUAAGGCAGACUUUGAUUCACCAGACCUUAGCAUCAGAGGUCAUAAGCCGGAUAUCACAACCCCAGACUUGAAUGUUGAUUUACCUAAAGGUAAAAUUAAAGAACCAUAUUUCAAGACCCCCAAUCUGGAUUUGAACACUCCAGACUUUGAGACUGAUACACCUUCAAGUAAAUUUAAACUGCCAAAGCUGGGCUUCUCAGACAGCAAGCCAGAAGGACCUGAUCUUAAAGUCAAAUCUCCAAAGCUGAAUCUCAAAAGCCCCAAAAUAAAGGGAGGAAUCGAUACUCCAAACAUGGAUCUGACUCUGCCUCGGUCUGAUUUGAAAGGCCCAAACCUAGAUAUCAAAUCGCCUGAUAUUGAUGUUAAUGGCCCUUCAGGUAAAUUUAAUAUGCCAAAGAUGAAGAUGCCCAGUAUUGGCCUGUCAGGUUUGAAAGGGCCACAUAUGAAUAUGGAUGCUGACAUUGAUCAGCCCGAACUUAAUCUGAGUGCAUCAGCUCCCAAACUAAGUGCUGGGAUUAAUCGUCCUGAUAUUGACAUUCAUGGUCCUAAUGUUGAUCUCCAAGGUCCAAGAACAGACCUCACACUUCCAGACAUGGACAUGCGAUCUGGACAGAUUAAAAUGCCAGCUUUAAAGAUGCCUGAUAUUGGUUUCUCAGCACCCAAAAUAAAGACACCUGACUAUGAUCUAAAGACACCUAAAAUGGACCUCUCGACUCCGAAGAUUAAGACAGAAUUUGAUUCCCCAGACUUCAGUAUCAGAGGUCAUAAGCCAGAUAUCACAAGUCCAGAUAUGAAUGUUGAUUUCCAUAAAGGCAAAAAAAUAAAAGGACCAAAUUUCAAGAAUUUUGAUGUGAACGCACCAGACUUUGACAUUGAUUCUCCUUCUGGGAAAAUGAAACUCUCAGGAAACAUGCCAGAAGAAACAGAUUUUAAAUUCAGCUCUCCAAAGAUGAAUCUUAAAACACCCCAAAUGAAAGGAGGAUUUGAUAGCCCUGAUUUUCAUGGCCUGGGGUCUGAUGUUGAUUUUGGUACCUUUACACAAAUGCAGGCUAACAACUUUGCAGUCCCACGAGGUAAAACAAAGGCAUCCAUGAUGUAUGGUCUUGAUACUCCCACAAGAGACGUCAGAAUACCGACUCAUCAGAAAUAUAGUGCCCCAGAAUUUAACAUGCAGGACCCCUACUAUGACUUGAAAAGAGACAUGAAAGUUUCAGGACAAGCUCAGUGGCCUACAAUGCCAAAACAUGUCUCUGGCCAGACCAGAAUUUCUGGAGUAGGUCCAACACCUUCCGAUGUUUACUACAAUGAUAUGGCAGGGGCAUUCAGGUCAGGACAUCAUAAAACAACAGCAAGUAACUUUAAUAUUGAUGGCGACUGGAAUAAUAUAUCAGUGCCUAAACUUCAAGUUUCAAGAAAUAGAGAAAAUCCAGCUGUGGGAAAUUCCAAUAUGGGAGUGAAUACCAUGCAAAGAUCAGGUGAUAAUGCAGGUUAUUACAGGAAGAUGGUUCCUAGACGUUAUUACACUACUGAUGAUAUAUGCUACACUUAUAAAGGGAUGCCUAGAAGAAAUGGAUGGGGCAAUGGGCUUAUUGACAAUAGUCGCAGACAGACAAUGAGACAUCUGCAAAUACAUGCAAUGGAUCUGGAGGUUCCAGAAAGCACUUUGAAAAGGUCGAAAUUUAACAUUCUAAAACUUAUAUAGUAUGAUCAUUAAAAGAAAGGGAUAUGGGUGACAAGAAUGAGCUUGUCCAUAGCUAUCAUGAUUACAGGGCCGAUAAGAAUGUAUAUAUUAAAAUCUAUACAAACUUAGAGUAGAUAUUGUAAAUGUUCUUGAGCAAACCUUUUUCUGCUUCUUAACACUGAUGAACAAGUCUUUCCCUAAAGGAGAUGUUAUAUUUGAAAUGUUAGCAUACACUUGCACUUACUGUAUCAUAGAUCAUUGGUUAUAAGUUUUGAAAGUUUGUGUACUAUAGUAUGUAUAUGUCACAAAAUAUGUGACAAUAUUAAGUGGACUUGCCUGAUUAAGUAUUGUAAAUCAUAUAUAUUUUGUAAAAGAUGUAAAAUGCUAUAGUAAUGUAUAAAUACAGUGUGGAUGAAAUAUACAAAUAUAAAAUGGUUUGUUUGGAUAAUAUAACUUUAUUUUUUAUUUUGUCUUUUAAUUUUCACAGAUUUUUAGUUUUUUAUGCUCAUUGAUACAAUAAGGUACACAUAUGGGGAAUUUGUAUUGAAGUAUGUAUAUAAAUUAUUGGUGAAAUAUUCCUACUAACGUUGUUGAUUGAAGAUACAAAAGCAGUUGUUGUUGUAGAAUACUUCAAAUGUUAUGCAACUGAAAUAAACAUAAAAGUGUAUCAUUUUCUAAA